GCCGCAACUUGUCAUGGCAGACGUAGACGAGGAUGUCAUUCCUCGUGGGCCAGAUGUUGGUGACGUUGAUCUAUCAGAUGAGACACAAGACUUCCGUCUACUCUUGAACUUCUCCGGCGAUGACACAAAAAUCCCAAAGAGAGGCGAAAAGGAUUUUGAGCCUCAUCAUACAAACAAACAAUCGGAUGCCUUGACCGCAUCGAGAGAUGCAAUGCACAAUGCGCUAUCUUUUCAACGAGUCCAUCAACCCAAAAAGCAUGUCCUGGCACACUACCACCCGGAGACUAACAUGGCCUACACCGAAGACCCUAAAGGACCUUUGUUCAAGAACAUGGGCAAAGUCUUCCCUGGCAAAGAAGAUCCACUUGGCCCUCGUACCGCUGGAGAGAACAGAAUUUGGCUGCUUCCGGAAGAAGCGAUAUAUCUGCUCGAAAGAGGCACAAUUGAUAUCAGAUGGCCAGUGGACGAAGACGACGAUACCGAAGAUGGCGAGGCUAAAGAGCAGAGAUUCGGGCCUUUGGUGACACCAGGAAUCUACCGCAAUUACGCUGAAAUUUAUCGCCGACUCGCAAUUAUACCUAGCUACGACCCAACAGCCAGGAAAAGGAAUUCUGCAGAGUCGACAGAUCCUGCGUUCAGGAUCACAUACCACUUAUGGAAGCCUGGCUCGACGACAUACAAGAAAAGCGGUCCUGGUACGCCUGACUUUCGCAUUGCAGUCGUCAAUGCUCGUGAGACAACUUUUCCUACGCUUGGCCAACUGAGCGGUCUGAUCGAUACACAAACAUACCAGCCACCUCGUCAAGAUGCACAGCUGUAUCAGAAGUUGCGUAACGGGUACAAGAGUGUCAUCCUGGCGGUUGUGGAUCAGGGCGUUACCAGCUACUUGAGACUGGCAGAUGCUGGGUUCACUAGAGAAAAAUUGUUCGAUCGAAAGCCACCAGCAGCGAGGAAAGGGGGCAAGGGUGGGAAUUGGAAAAGAAUAAGCGAUAGA